GGUACAUUGGUUCAGCGGACCUUCAGCUGUCACCGCUCCUCCGACCUGUUCGUCUGUCGCUCUCCGCCGACAUGGUUCUAAUCACCGGGAUCUGCACCUUCCUCUACCACCUACCUCAGAUCUACAAAUGGCUGCUCAAGCCCUACUACAUCUCGUCCAUCUUCAUGACCGUCGCCUUCCUGCUGGUGAGGAAGGCUCCGGGGCUGUGCGAGCACCUGGCGACCCAGCGAGAGGACGGGAACUCCUGCGACUUUGACUGGAGAGAAAUGGAGAUCCUCAUGUUCCUCAGUGCGAUAGUGAUGAUGAAGAACAGGAGGGCAAUCACAAUGGAGCAGCACGUGGGCAACGUCUUCCUGUUCAGCAAAGUGGCCAACGUCAUCCUCUUCUUCAGGCUGGACAUUCGGCUCGGCAUCCUUUACCUAGCACUGUGUGUCGCGUUCCUCAUGACGUGCAAACCUCCUCUCUACAUGGGCCCAGAGUACAUCAAGUACUUCAGUGACAAGACCAUAGAUGAGGAGCUGCAGAGGGACACUCGUGUCACCUGGAUUGUUGAAUUCUACGCCAACUGGUCGUCUGACUGCCAGUCCUUCGCUCCCGUCUUCGCCGACCUUUCCCUGAAGUACAACUGUCCUGGACUCAGGUUUGGGAAGGUGGACAUUGGACGUUAUGGGGAGGUUUCAAAGAGGUACAGGGUCAGUACUUCCCCUCUGUCCAAGCAGCUGCCCUCACUGAUGCUUUUCCAAGGAGGCAAAGAAAUUAUGAGACGUCCAAUGGUGGACAAUAAAGGGAGAGCAGUGUCUUGGACUUUCAAUGAGGAGAACAUCAUCAGAGAGUUUAAUCUCAACGAGCUCUUCCAGAAAUCGAAGAAGCUGAACAAAAGUCUGGGGCUGGUGGGCGAGGAGCAGAAAAACUCUCCGCCAGAGGAGGGCAGCGACGAGCUGCACACCAACACUCCAGAGGAGCCGACAGAGAGCAAGAAAGACAAGUGAGGAGGAAGAACCAUAGAGGGGCCGCAUGAAGCCACUUCCUCCAACAUCGACAUGCCUUGCAUUAUCGCUUUAGUCCAGAAUAUAACGAAAUUGCGAGAAAAGGUUCAACCCUAGCUUCGGUUCAUCUCUAAGUUAAAUCCUUACUGAGGCAAAUAUAUACCCAGAAACAGCUGCAGCACACUUCCCUGGUCUGACUGGGUAUGAUGUUAAUGGUACGGUGUGGUUUGAGCUCAGUCAAUGAUUUGACUUUAUUUUCUUACAGACCUUAACUUAUUUUCGAAGAAAUGCCUUUUUGUAAUGAUUGUGUUUGGGCUACUCUCACCACUGCGUGUGAACUUGUGCUGCCUGUAUUUUGCAACUAGUCUGUUUAACUGAUGUCUCGUAUUUCAAAACCAAAGAAAAAGGUGAGAAGGUGAAGCAAAUAAAAAUAAAUGACUGCACAGUAAAGAUUCACAA